ACGUACACGCUUUCUCGUACACGUACACACUAACUCGGUUAUUUUCUGAAGCUGUAUUUGGUGACGGUCCCAGGUACAUUUAAGGUAUCUUGAACACCUUAAGGUCGAAGGUACAGAGAAAGAUGAAGCUUUUCGUCAAAGUCUUCGUGGUCAUCGUCAUUAUUGCAGUGGCUGUUUCGGCAGGAAAGAAGAGGAAGAAGUUUAAGAAGAAUAGGUGCAGGGGCUGUUGUGACAACGACGGGUGCCCUAAUGGUCAGCCACUGGUCAACUGCGUGGUUGACCCCUGUACGGUGACCACCUGUCCUGGCACCCCGGAUGCUGAAUGUGUGGCCAACUACUGUGGCGGCUGCCAUGCCGACUUCUUCAACAGCGACGGCGAACUGGCUUGUUGUGGAGCCCAUGGACAACCAUGUGACACAGGCCUACCAAUCGCAAGAGAGGACGACUGCACCUGCCAGAGGGGCUUACUGUGUUUCCCCGGCAACGUACGUUACGUCGCUAAGGGGACAUGUCUGACCCAGCAGGAGGUGGAUGAUCUGGGAGGCAUCCCUCCAAUUCGUGGUUGAAAAUUACGAUGGGUAACGCUAGUUCACCUUUAUCCGAGGGGUAACCAAUAUCCGUUCUUCUUAAAAUUGGUUUCUACGGAUAUCAAGCCCGAACAGACGGUGACAUUUAAAGAAAACAUUGCAGAUAUUUCGAAAAUAGUCCAACUAGAUAUCCCUCAAUACCCUGUUUUUACAAACAACGGAUAUAAGGUACCCCGCGAAUAAAGGUGAAGGGGUCGUUAGUUAAUGGAUGCCGCUAAUGGACCGUUCCUAGUGUAUUGAUAUCCCAGCUGAUUCCAUUACACUUAGAAGCAAAGCUAGCUAUAGGCUCUAAUUUUCAGCACAAAAAUUGAACUUUCCCAAACUUGUAAUUUUCGUCUUUGUCAUUCAGUCUUGAGCAAUCUACUGAGAGAAAGGAGUAGAAACAGACGGAAACAAUAUUCUGGCUCCCGGGAUUCGAAUCCGGGCCACCAGAUCGCAAUCCGAGACACUGAAUCGUUACGCCAAAAGGCAUCAAACCUUUUAGCAAGGUCAGUUAAGCAGUCCUUGAACCCCACUGUUACGCUACGUUUAGUCGGAAAAAUUCUUAUUCCAUAACAAGUUUAUUAAUAACGUCAGACGUUCAGUAAUUUUAGUCUGAUUUAGAAAAAAUGACAUAAAAAGAGUUUUUCGUCUUCAGUCAGACAUGGUCAACAUGACGAAAAGGUACUAAAAGGGAAAUAUGUUGCGUUGAAGCAUGAUGAUUGUGCUGGUAGAAAUGACACUAGCAAGGUAACCAUGUACAUGUAUAAGGUUGCCGAAUGCAAUCUUCUUUUAAAUCAAAUCAUUUACAAACCUGAUGAAACUAUUGAUGGUUGAAGCGAAUCUAUUAGUUUCUUCUUGAUAGUAUUUUAGAAAAACACUUAACCCU